GACCCAGACCAUUGACCGAUCCAGUUGGGAUUAGACGUCGACAUAUAUCUCGGCUGAUUAAUGGAUUGAGCACGAUCCAACGUCAGGGAAUCGCCCGACGUGUUGAUGCUUCAACGAUUAUACACAGAGAGUUCCAAUGGAUGAUUCCUAGAAUCUGCCGUAAAUCUGGAGGACGGGUGACUGAUGAUUGACUGCUCACCUUCGCUUCCCUUAAACCUUUUAUGUGCAGUAGUCUAUUCCUGAGGAACCUAGAAGAGCACGCGAAUCUCGACCUGUGCUCCGAUGACCUAAAGUUCUUUGAGCCUGACUGUUACAUAUAAGGGGCCAGAGGAAAGAGAUGGGUCUUCCCAGCGAUGAUCCGGUGAUCAUACGAGAGCCGGAGAACGCCGGAGAUCCGUCCGUCAUCACCAUCAGUUGUCCGGAUAAGACUGGCCUUGGUUGCGACCUUUGUCGCGUGAUCCUCUUCUUCGGUUUGAGCAUUGUUAGAGGAGAUGUGAGCACGGAUGGGAAGUGGUGUUUUAUUUUGUUCUGGGUAGUGGAGGGGCGGGCCGGUGCUUCUGAGACAAGGUGGGGAUUGCUAAAGAAAAGGUUGUUGGAGGCUUGCCCAGUGGCUACGUCAGCUUCUGAGAUCUAUAAUUCUUUCUAUAGUCAGCAGGAAAUUAUGGCGGUGGAGAAGCAGCCGCAGGUUUACUUGCUCAAGUUUUCUUGUUACGACCGGAUGGGGUUGUUGCACGAUGUGACAAUGGUGCUAUGUGAACUGGAACUCACAAUAAGGAGGGUAAAUGUUUCCACCACUCCAGAUGGGAGAGUCAUGGACCUCUUUUUUAUUACGGACACCAGAGAAUUGUUGCAUACAAAAAAUAGAAAGGACGAGACUUGUGAUCGGUUGAAAGGUGUUUUAGGGGAAGGCAUGACAAGCUGUGACGUGGAACAGACUGUUGAAGAUUUUACCGCUUUCCUGCGAUCUUCCUCUACUCUGCCCCCUUCUAUUACAGAAGAAAUGUUCACCUUAGAGCUUCCUGAAGAGCCAUGGAAGGCGCCACUUCCUGCACCAAGUCGCCUCUCCGUCACGAUGGACAACUCUCUAAGUCCCGCUCACACGCUAAUUCAAAUUCAUUGUCCUGACCACAAAGGCCUCCUUUAUGAUAUCAUGAGAACUCUAAAAGAUUAUAACAUCCAGAUAUCUUAUGGGCGAUUCUAUUCAUACCAAGGUGGAGACUGUGAAGUAGAUUUGUUUGUUAUACAAAUGGAUGGAAAAAAGCUUGUUGAUCCAAACAAGCAGAAGGCAUUAAGUGGCCGCUUGAAAAUGAACUUAUUCUCUCCACUCCGUGUGGCUCUUGUAAAUCGCGGACCUGACUUGGAGCUCUUUGUUGCUAACCCUGUUGAAUUGUCUGGCAAGGGCCGUCCUCUUGUGCUCUACGACAUUACUCUUGCCCUCAAGAUGCUCCAAAUACGUAUUUUCUUGGCGGAGAUAGGAAGGCAUACUAUUGGUGGCAGUGAGUGGGAAGUCUACAGAAUCCUCCUCAAUGAUGACCAUUUUUUGUCAUCAUCAAAGAACAAAAUUGUUGACAGAGUAACUAAGAUGUUGAUGGGCUGGAAUUGAUGAUCAUCAGAGUCCCAAGGGACUCUCCUCCUGCCUUUCAUGUUCAAAAUGAACAUUGGAGGUCAACAGUUUAUUUUCUUCCACUUAUUCCAGUUCACGCAGUAGCCCGGUAUUGAAGAUUGUGCACUGACUCAUCUAUAUAUAUAAUAUAUAUAUAGAUAUAUACAUACAUUUCACCUUAUUGCAUAAUUCAACGGUUUAUAAUGUGGAGGAAAGGUAAGAGAAGUAGAUGAAUGCCGCUUGCUAUGGAAGGCUACAGCAUAGCAUGCAAAUAGGAUUAAAAGAUUGCAGAUUAUGAAAUAUAGUUGAAACUUUGAAGCUGAUUAUCUGCUUUUGCUGUUCAUGUUUGCUUCACUUAGUUGCUUUAAUAUGUAACACUUACGAAUGUAUAUAAAAUAUUCAGGCAUAAAAUUAAUUGAUUUGCGCCACAUGAUCAUGCUGUGUUGUCUGAAACCUGCAGAUGCCUGUGCUUGAAACAAUUGAUUUAUCGGGUGAAAAAUGCUAAUUUGGAAAGUUUCUG